AAGUACCACCGGGUUUUCCGCUGCAAGGACGAAUAACAAAAACCCAGUCACGCGACACGUGGACCCUCCUCCACCCUCCGAUCCUCCAAAUUCCACUCUCACAACAACUUGCCAGUCCCAGAUUUUGUUGUUCCCCCGUCUCACAUCACAAACACCACAACACUCUCAGUUUCAGUCUCAGUGUAGUGUAGUGUAGUGUGUUCUUUCAUUUCAUUUCAUUUCUUUUCUCACCCACUCUCUCUUCUAAUUCCUCGCUUCCACUUCUCAUGGCGGCGUAGCAGACACUCUAAUUCCCUGCCAUAAUUGCGCCACACAACAAACAAACCCAACAUUUCUCUCUCUCUCUUCUCCUCAAAACCUGCAAAAACCGAUCCUAUUAAUCUUUAAGGUUAAUAAAACAAACUAAAUUUAACGUGGUUAUUAUAGUUUUUACGGUUUAAAAACCAUUUAGAAAUUUGGGAUGUGCACCUAAUUUCUGAUUUAGUCAGAAAAAAAGGGAAGAGAUCAGAAGAUCAUAGUUGAGACGCCCCCACACGGUCUGGGCACAGUGACAGAGUGAGAGUCAACAAGACCCACAAAAGAAAAAAAAAGGGUUUUUUUUUUCUGAGUGGGUGGAAAAUUAAUAAGUAUUAGUAUGGGUCAGAAAAUUUAUUAAAGAUGCACUUUAUAUGUAACCCAAAAAUAUUAGUAUUACAGUUGCGGGGUGUGUGUCUGAUAAUAUAUAAACCUGUGAAGAACUGUUUAAAGAUUCGCGAAGGUUCUUCUUUCUGAUAUGGAUAUUAUCUCUGAAUUGGGGAUCGUAGAGUGCAACAGAGCAUGGCUGGGUUCUUCUCUCUAGGAGGAAGGCAUAACAAAGCGGAGGAAGACGAGGAUCACAGAGAAGACAACAACAACAACACCAACAACAGUCAAUUUUUGUUCAGAAACGUUAACGACGAGAUCUACAACACCAACAAGGGCUUCGAGAUAUGGCCACAAUCCUCGUACCACCACAACUUCACCAACUACUACUCCUUCGGCGUGGGCCCUAGUCGCAGAAACAACACCGCCAACAACAACAACAGCUCCUCCAACAACGUAAACGACGACGUUUCUGUCUCUUUCUCGGAUGAGUCCAACCGCUUCGGCUUCACGGUCAUGAGGUCCGGAGGCGGCGUGGGUGGCGGCGGAGGAGGCGCCGGCAUGAACUGUCAGGACUGUGGCAACCAGGCCAAGAAAGACUGUUCGCACCUCAGAUGCAGAACCUGCUGCAAGAGUCGAGGGUUUCAGUGCCAAACCCACGUUAAGAGCACUUGGGUUCCCGCCGCCAAACGCCGUGAACGACAGCAACAACUCGCUGCCUUGCAGCAACAAAAUCAACCACCGCAGUUUCGUGGAGAUCACUCCAAACGACACAGGGAGAGUAUCGAGGGUGUUGCAGCCGGUGGUUCCCUCGCUUGCGCUCCGGUUCCUAUCACCACCACAGGGUUGGAGGUGGGUCAAUUUCCACCGGAGCUGAACUCGCCAGCGGUGUUCCGGUGCGUGAAAGUGAGUGCAAUGGAUGCACCGGACGAGCGUUUCGCGUACCAAACCGCAGUGAACAUAGGAGGGCACGUGUUCAAGGGAAUUCUCUACGAUCAAGGAGCGGACGGUCCUUACGCCGGUGCAGGUUGCGAGGGUUCCUCCGGCGGCGGCGGUGAAGCUCGGCCACUCGCUCUCAUGGCCGCCGCAACCACCACCACAGCAGCUGGAAACCCUUUUGACGCUUCACUCUACACGGCUCCGAUGAAUGCUUUCAUGGCUGGUACGCAAUUCUUCCCACCCCCAAGAUCCUAAGGACGUUUCUCUCUCUCUCCUCUCUGGCUAAUAAUGAUUGAAAGUUGAAACCGGGUAUUUGUUUUUCAUGGACACUCUUAUAAUUAAGGUUAAGGUUGUUGGGUGUUAUAUGUGCAUCGAUCUUAAGUUCUUAACAUCAUCAGCUGAAGUAGCUGCUACUAGCUAUAGACUAGUUAAGAGUUCGUCACAAAUGAUUACGUCGAAGAUGAUGAUUCACGAAAUUAAAGGGAGCCUGUUUGUUUUGUUUA